CCCUGCUCGUCUUCUUUAGAAGUGCAUUUUUCUUCCUGCUGCGACCAUGGAGUCUGGCGAUUCAGGUCGAGGAGGAGGAGGGUGGAAGUCCAGACCCAUCCAACCACAGAAAAGCAAAAUGAACAUGACUAUUCUCCGUCAAGAAAAACUGAUAGCUCAGAAGAAAAAAGAGAUCGAAGAAAGAAUGGCAGAGCAAGCAAAAAUGAAUGUUCAAACCACUAGCAAGCCUCUGCCUGAAAGUUCUACCAGUGUCCAAGGGGCUUCCACAAAUAAGUUCGCAAAUGAUGGGAGCUUCUUACAGCAGUUCAUGAAGAUGCAGAAGGAAAAGGCGCAUGUGUCUGGUUCCAUCAAUGAUGCCAAGACCCCAUCAACCCCAACUUUAUCACCAGGAGGAAAUGCGCUCCAGAAAAAGAGCAUUUUCGUUGGCCAGCGACCUGGCCUUGGAGUCAGCAGCAUGCUAAAUCAGUUCAAGAGCUUCUCACAGUCCAAGAAGAAUCCCAUUCUCAGCCAGAGGCCAAGUGUCUUUUGCUCUCCAGAUGGGGAUGAUGAGGAAGAAGAGGCCGAUUACUCCAAAUUCUUAGAGAUGAAAGUCUCUCCCCCAGAGGAUUCAGACACCAGACUCAUUAUCGACAAGAUGGCUUCUUUUGUGGCCGAGGGGGGACCUGAGUUGGAGAAGAAGGCCAAGGAAGACUACAAGGACAAUCCUGUUUUCUCUUUUUUGUAUGAUAAGAGCAGCGUGGAAUAUCUCUACUACAAGAAAAAGAUUGCAGAAUGGAAAAAGGAUUUGCAAAGACCAGAGAAACUCUCAGAUAAUGUCUCCCCCCCAGUGGACGCGGAAACCCAGCAGGUGGCUGAGAAGCUGGCCAAGUUUGUGGCGGAGGGUGGCCCAGAGGUGGAAGCCAUCGCUGCUGAGCGCAACCGAGACAACCCAGCCUUCAGUUUUUUAUAUGAUGAACAAAGUCCAGCCCACCGUUUCUACAAAGAGAAAGUAAAGGAGUAUCGUGCUGCAAACUCUCAGAACUCUGCAGAUUUAACAGGAGAUUCCAGGACAGCUGUUAAGCCACCAGCUGCUUUUCCAGUACCAGAAAUCUCUCCACAGCAGAGCCAACCAUCUGCACUUCACUUUAAGGAGUCAGAAACCCCACCUGUGAAACGAAAGAGGAAGAGCAGAUGGGGGUCUGAAGAAGACAAAGUCGACCUGCCUAUUCCACUCAUUGUUGUUCCUCAUGAGAACAGUCUUCCAGACCCUAACGCACCAUCACUUUCUGCCCAGGAGCUGAGAGGUCUGGGUUAUAAAAAAGGGAAACCUCUUGGUCUGGUUGGAGUGACAGAAUUAUCUGAGGACCAGAAGAGACAAUUGAAAGAACAACAAGAGAUGCAAGAGAUGUAUGACAUGAUCAUGAAGCACAAGCGUGCAAUGGCAGACAUGCAAGUGAUGUGGGAGAAGGCCAUAAGAGAGCAUCAGCACGAGUAUGACAGCGAUGAAGAGGUGGACCAGCAAGCGGGGACCUGGGAACAUCGGCUCCGAAAGAUGGAAAUGGAGAAGACUCGCGCUGUUUCCAUGUCCCAUUGGCUCCACGAGGGUCGGGACCCUGACUACUCAGAAUACAAAGAGUUUAAGUUGACGGUGGAGAAUCUCGGUUUCCGAAUGCUCAUGAAGAUGGGCUGGAAAGAAGGCGAAGGCCUCGGCAGUGAAGGACAAGGAAUAAAGGCUCCUGUCAACAAGGGAACUACGGCUAUGAAUGGAGCACCGGGCAGUAAAAACCGCGGUGACAUGGAGGACACCUGA